GAGUUGAACCUCAAACCGGAUGCUGUGCCGGGUGCUUGCAACACUGCAAAGCGUCUGGGCUGGAACACGAUGUACCUCGCUCAGCCGGGCAAGAGGAAGGGAGGCGUGGCCAUCUUAGCCAGGGAACCGCUUGGGCUCCAUGAGUUGGACAGGGUGCAGAGCCCUCAGUUUCAGUUGCUCUCAGCUGCGGUGCAUGGGCUUCACACCCCGCUCACCAUUUGCUGCGGUUACAGGGUUCCUGACGAGGAUGAUGGUUUCCUACAGGCCUUCAAUGGGGUCCUGCAGGCCGCUCACCCCUCCGAUUGGAUUGCCUGUUUUGAUGGGAACCAAAACCAAAGGGAGGGCCCGAUUCACGACCUCUUGAAGGGCGCAGGGGGGCAUGUGGAAGCUGUGGCUCGCCACAUACGCAGCUCACACCCCAUUGACGCCAUUUGGGCUAGUGAGCGGUUGCGCACUGCUGACCGGAUUGAGUUCCCUGGUGCGGGUGAUCACUCUGCGGAUAUAACCCCUUGCCGGCAGUUUGAGGACAAAUGGGUGACUUGGUGCAGGCACGCUGAGGCCUGGCUAGUGCAGGCUGGUCUCUUGACUGAGUCUGCUGGAGAGCGCGAGCUAGGCAGCUGUCCCUCGCUCCGCAAGUCCACUAAUGCGGCGGGUGGGACUCAGUCGCAUGAAGAGCGCUGCACUCGCAGAGUGAUCAGAAGAUUGGGUGAGGCCCGAACGCAAGCUUGGAAGGGCCAGGUCGACCCUAACCUGGUCGCGAGACUGAGAGCCACUCCUCUCCCUCAGGAGGAAGCUUCGGCAGUCCUGCAGGGAAGGUGGGGCUAUGCUUUGGCCUUAGCUAUGGAAAGGUUAGGGACCAUGCUGGCGGCUACGCAGUCUCAGGCCCUAGCGAAGUGGAAGCACAGGGUCCACACGGUAAAUGGUGCUGCCUCUUGGGUUAAGAGUACGGGGCCCCAGGCUCAAACGAUCCAAGAUGAUGCAGGGAACAUCUACUGUAACCGACCGGCUGCGGCUAAGGCCUUGCGAGAGUGCUGGGCGAACAUUUUCGGUGCUAAUCAGCCUGCUGACACUUUUGUUGAGGCUUUUCGCUCAAAGUAUGCUCAGUACAUCGACUGCCCGGUUCCUCCCCCUCUCCUCUCUCCUGUUUCCCGCAAGGACCUCCGGGCUUCUUUGAGUAAGAUGAGGGGGAAAGCUGCGGGUCUGGACGGUUUCUCCUCUGACCUCCUCUUGGCCUUGCCGGAUGGGGCUCUUGAUCACUUGAUUCUCCUUCUCCACGAGUGUGAACAGUUGGGCCGCUGGCCGGAAAGCCUCACGCACUGGAGGCUUGUUUUCAUUCCGAAAGAGGAAUGCCCUUGCCCUACUUUGGAGCAGGUCCGACCGAUUGCUAUCAGCAGUGUCAUCUAUCGGGCCUGGGGUAGGGUCAGACUCUGCAACCUGGCGGAUCAUUUGGCACAGGUCAUGCAGCCUUGGCAGGCUGGAGGAAUCAGAGGCUUGGACCCAGAGACCUUUUUGGUUGCAGCUGAGGUGAACUUUGGUUUGAAGGUCCCCGAUGGCAUCCUUAACCUUCUCAGGAACCAAUGGGCUAACCAGGUGAGAUGGGCGACCUUUUCGGGCGCUGUUUGCCCUGAUGCCAUUCAUGGCAGCGCGGGGUUGCCCCAGGGUGAUCCCUGGAGCCCAGUUGCUCUGGCGGCCGUACUCGCUUGCCCUCUUCAGGCUGCUAACGCGUCCACUGAUAAGGUCAAGAAUUUGCUCUACCUGGAUGACCGAACGCUCCUCGCUGCAGAUGAGUCUUCCCUUACGACGGCACUAAACGUGUGGACAGAUUUUGAAGGCGUAUCCCGUAUGCGCACUCAUGGGGGCAAGACCCAGCUUUUCACCAG